AUGGAUGAAUUCUUACCCAUUGUUGCGUUUUCGCUUCUUCUAGGUACCAUCAUUGCCCUCCUCUUCUUCAACACCUAUUACCGGAAACGCCAAUCCGAAGUCCGAUCCAUCGCAAAUGUGAAUCCAAAUCCAAAUCCAAAUCCCAACCCAAUCACUUCCUCUUCAAAACCCCUUCCUAAUAAGAAGUCUAACCCUAAACACCAUUCCUCUGACAAGGAUCAAAGCAAACGGCAUCAUCCGUUGGAUUUGAAUACUUUGAAAGGCCAUGGUGAUGUAGUUACUGGGCUAAGCUUCUCUCCUGAUGGACACAACUUAGCAACAGCUUGUGCUGAUGGACUGGUGAGAGUAUUCAAGUUGGAGGAUGCUUCGAGUAAAAGUUUCAAGUUCCAUAGAAUUAAUUUACCUCCUGGAGGUCAUCCAACUGCAGUUGCGUUUUCUGAUGAUGCAUCCUCCAUUGUAGUGUCAUCACACAGUCUCACUGGUUGUUCAUUGUAUAUGUAUGGUGAAGAUAAACCUAAAGCUUCUGAAGAUAAGCCACAAACAAAGCUUCCUCUCCCAGAGAUUAAAUGGGAACAUCACAAAGUUCAUGAUAAAAAAGCAAUAAUUACUAUGUUUGGAACCUCCGCCACUUAUGGCAGUGCUGAUGGAAGUGCAUUAAUUGCCUCGUGUUCAGAAGGGACUGACAUCAUUCUUUGGCAUGGAAAAACUGGGAAAAGUUUGGGGCAUGUGGAUACAAAUCAACUUACAAAUAACAUGGCUACUAUAUCUCCCAAUGGGCGCUUCAUUGCAGCUGCAGCGUUUACUGCAGAUGUUAAGGUCUGGGAGAUUGUAUAUGCAAAGGAUGGAUCUGUCAAGGAAGUUUCAAAUGUUAUGCAGCUUAAGGGGCACAAGAGUGCAGUGACCUGGUUAUGCUUUUCUCCAAACUCUGAACAAAUAAUUACAGCAUCCAAGGAUGGUUCCUUAAGAAUAUGGAAUAUCAACGUUCGCUAUCAUAUGGAUGAGGAUCCCAAGACACUGAAGGUGUUCCCAAUUCCUCUUUGUGAUUCUACCGGUACUGCAUUGCACUAUGAUCGCCUCAGUAUUUCACCUGAUGGUAAAGUUUUGGCUGCAACCCAUGGUUCUACAUUGCAGUGGUUGAGUGUUGAGACUGGAAAGGUUUUGGAUACAGCUGAAAAAGCUCAUGAUGGUGACAUUACAGGCAUUUCAUGGGGGCCUAAAACUAUUCCAAUGGGAAAAGAACAAGUCUUGGUUUUAGCCACGGCCAGUGUUGACAAGAAAGUGAAGUUGUGGGCAGCUCCAUCGUGA